AUGACACGAAUUGAUCUUAAGGAAAAUGGGCAGGAGAUCGAUCCUAAGGUCGCUGUCUCUCCUACAGCUCCGCAUCAACUUGCAGAUCUGCUGCACGAAAUCCAAUCACAUGCCAAUGCAUUCACAAACGGAGAUUCUCUAGCCCGACUGGAGCUCGUGGAUUCAGCUCGAGCUCUUGUGCGAGCUAUGGAAACUCCACAAGAGGCAAUGCUGCGUGCUUGCUGGGCAGAGGUGCGAUACAUCGAGCAAAUCCAGCCUUCUUACUUCGCCGUUAUCGAAACAUGUAUCGACUUAGGAAUAUUUCGCCUGAUCGCCCAUACCAACGAGCCGAAAUCAGUGGCGGACCUGGCGGUGGCAACAGGUGCAAGUGAGGAAUUGCUCGAACGUCUUCUGAAGCAUCUCGCUACCAUGGGUGCAUUGGUUGAGACUGGGCUGAACGAAUACACCCACAACGGGCUUACCAAGACUUUGUCCCUUGAAAGAUACAGCGACGCAUGGCCUGCCAUCAAUGGCUCCACCAUGGGUCCAGUUUACGCAUUGCCAAAGUGGCUCAAGGAGAACAACUAUAAGAGCCCGACUGAGGGCAAAGACUGUCCUUUUACCCUGGGAAACAAAACCGAGUACCCCUUUUUCGAAUACCUCAACGGUAAAAGUACCGAUUAUCCAAAGCUUGGAUCUCAAUUCAACAAUCUCAUGUCCGCAUAUCAUCAAGGCCGACCCAGUUGGAUGGAUGAAGGAUUCUACCCGGUGGAAGAGAAGUUAAUCAGUGGGGCCAAAACUGGCCCAGAAGAAGUUUUUAUUGUCGACGUAGGUGGCAAUAAGGGUCACGAUCUGGAAGAGUUCAAAUCAAAAUGGCCCAAUUCGCCCGGUCGAUUAAUCCUGCAGGAUCAGCCUCAUGUUUUGAAGGAAAUCACCACAUUGAACCGGGCGGUCGAGCCUAUGGUUCAUGACUUCUAUACCCCGCAGCCAAUUAAAGGUGCUCGGGCAUACUUUCUGCAUUCCAUCCUCCAUGACUGGAACGACGCGAUCUGCCAGGACAUUCUCUCAAAAAUUGUAUCAGCGAUGGCUCCUGGAUACAGCAAGAUUCUGAUCAACGAGAAUGUUGUUCCAGACCGUGGAGCACACUGGCAGGCCACUUCUCUUGAUUUCAUCAUGAUGGUCGAUUUGGCAGCUAAAGAACGCACGGAGAAGCAAUGGCAUAGCUUGAUUGAAAGCGUUGGCCUAAAAGUAACCAAAAUAUGGACUCGCAUUGAUAGCGCGGAGAGUUUGAUUGAGUGCGAUUUGGCAUAA